AUGUCCACACAAUCGAACGUCUCCGAUGACCUCCUCUGGGAGAUAGUCCGAUCGAGAAAUGCCUACCUUGUGUCACGCAAGACAGGUGGCGGCGCCUACUUCUCCCGCGAUCCCUUCAAUCUCGCCAACAAGCACAGCCGAACUCACGCGGGGUUCGUAAACAGCAAGGCCGUAUCUGUCCAGCCAUCUGGCGAGAAGGGCGUGACGCUACAGACGAAGAAGGAGGGCAAGGGCAACACACCUGCUAAGGGUCUGAACUCGCACAAGUUCAAGAGUGGAAGGUCGAACCAGAAGUACGUCCACCGAGGAAGUGAUAGUGUUGGCAAGAACGGAUACCGAGGCGACCUCAAUGAGAGUGCUGUUCAAAGAGCAUCCGCCAUUCUCGACUCGCAGAGACCAAAACGAGAUGCGCCAGUGAAGAAGCCGAGAGGCUUGAAGGGAAGCAAAGAGGAGGCAUGA